AUGCCAACAGUAGACAAAGCUUUGGCCUUGUUAAGAAAGUAUCCUCGAGUUUCUCCUCAGAAUAUAUCUGAUCUCCCAGGAAGCAAACCACCCAAGUAUCAUGGUUUGAGACGAAUGCGAAGAGGUCUUGGUCAUCGUGGUGCUUCUCAGUUUCAAGCAUUUCCACCCUUGGGAGUUUUGGAUGCAAAGACACCAUUUUAUCUCUCUGUUCCUAAAGAACCUUACAACAUUAACAGCAUGUCUGAAAACAAUCUCUGCCGUAUUUCGCUUCUAGAGCUUCAAAGAUUGAUAGACCUUAAUCGAAUAAACCCAUUAGAGCCUAUUGACAUUUCCACACUAUGUAACACCAAUCUUUAUCGUUUAAAUGUGGAUCAUGAUCGACAAUAUGGUUUCCAUCUAACUGACGAAGGUAUCGAUAACUUUGUUACUCCUGUUAAUAUUGAAGUUCAGUAUGCUAGCGAAGAAGUAAUUGCAGCUGUGGAAAGAGUAGGGGGAAUAAUCUGUAACCGUUAUUAUGAUCUGUAUUCUGUUUGGGUAAAAUCUGAUCCUCAAGGAUUCUUCAUGAAAGGCAUUCCGAUCCCAAAAGCUAAAUUACCUCCUAAUACGUUGAUUCCAUUCUACGCGGACGCUGAGUCUCGAGGUUACCUGGCGGACCCUGAGGCAGUAGCGAAAUCUCGAAUUUGGCUGGCUCAAAAAUAUGGUUAUUGCCCAACAGAUUUUAGUUCAUCCUCGGAAUCCAAUCGAAAACUGAUGUGUAUGCGGAAAGAUCCUCGACAAAUAUUUCAUGGACUGGAACCUGGUUGGCUUGUUAGUAUUCCUGACAAAGUAGUUUUAAAGCCGAAAUCUGAUCUUCUUGAUACCUACCACAAAUCCUGA